AUGUUGUUAUGCACAACUGUUACUCGUGUGAGAGAUUGGCAAGGUGUUGAGUAUGGUUUCAAUUUCAGAGCUUAUGAAGAUAUUCUUCAAGUAGAGGCGUUAAACGCUUUGAGUGUUGAUGUUGCUGGAUCUGUGAUUUCUUGUGGAGAUCUUGAAAUCUUUGAUCGACCUCCAAAGGAGACUAAGAAGUUGAAUUUCGAUAUUGAGGAUUUGGAUGGUAAGGUUUUGCGGUGUACUGUGUGGGAUGAUUAUGCUCUGCAGAUUAAGGACUUCAUUUCUAAAGUCCCACCUCAUGAGCAUGUGAUGGCUGUUGUACAACAUGGAAAGUAUAAGGAAUGGAAAGACAGGUGUUUCAAGAAGGUGAUGGGUAAAAGUGAAUACUUGCAGAAUGUUGAGAAUGUUUCAGAUGAUAUUCUUUGGUUGCCUGCGACGUCUUUGGUUUGUAUCAGAUGUCAUACUGAAUGUACAUCGAUUACCACAAAGUUCAAGGUGCAAGUGCGGGUGCAGGAUGAGAGUGGUAGUGUUUCUUUUGUUAUGUUUGAUAGAGGUGUUCAGAAGUUUCUUGGAUUAGUGGCGAGUGACAUAAGAGAGAGGCAGGUUAAGGCCAAUGAUACUGGAUUCCCUCAUGAGAUAUUUCGAUUGGUUGAUAAGAAGGCUGCUUUUAAGGUUGAUGUUUCAGAGAUUAAUCUUAAAAAUGACUAUCGUGUUUAUACUGUGCAAAAAACAACUGAGGAUCCAGUAAUAAUUUCUGAGUUGGUUGGUGGAGAUGGUAAUGGUGAUGAAAAUUCUGAUGAGAUAGUUACUCAAGAGGUAGCUGACGUUAAAGACGUUAACCUUUCAGACUCUUCUCAGAUGUCUGCUGAACGAACUUCAAGGGUGAGUAUUUAUUUUUAA